AUGGGUUCACGCUCACGCACCGGCCGCCGUGGCCGUCCCUCCGCGACUCGGCCCGGCUCAUCGCACUCCACCACCACCGCCACCACUACCAAUAUCGCCACGCGCAGCACGCCCGUCACCGAGGCUGCCAGCCGGCGGUCCUUGUCGUCCAGCGUGGCAGCCAUCGGCGCGGCGCUGCUGCUCAUGUCCCCGAGUCUGAGCAUGGCCGCGCCGGUGGGCUGGGCCGAGGCCCGCAGCGACUCCGACAGCCCGCGACUGACGGAGGACGGCGGAGCCUGGAUGGCCCGCGCGACGGCCGCCUCGGCCAGCGCCCCCCCCAGCCGCCUGGCAGUCCGCAGCGACACGGGCGUCCUGCCAGAGGGCGUGGAGAUGGUGGCAUGCGGUGGGCCGACCGCGCGCUCGCGCACCCGCUACUCCCCGAAGACACGCUCACGUCGUGAAGAGGAGGAGGAGGAGGAGGAAGACGAGGAAGAGGAGGAGGAGGAGGAGGAGGAGGAGGGCAAGUUCCGGAAGAUGCAGAAGGCCGCCAUGUUCCAACGGGUCAUGUCCCCGGCGGCGACGGUGGUGCAGCCGCCGCUGGUGGUGGUGCAGGCCCCGCCCGCCCCAUACUACCCACCCCCGAUGCAGCACUAUCACUACCACUCUUCGGGCGGCAUGUGGCACUCCAUGUACCGACGGGAGGCCGGCUCGGUGGCCGGCAGCAAAACCCUGGCCAAGCGGGCCAUCCUGGACCCGAAGAAUGUGGCCGCCGGGGUCAAGGUGGCCGGCCUGCCGGUGGGGAAGAACGUGGCCACCGGCCCGGGCGCCGUGCGCCCGGCGGCUCGUCAAGCUCGCGGGACCCUGGCCGAAGCGUCCUUCCGCCGUGGCCCCGCCGCCUCCUUCGAGGGCCGGGGGCCGCCUGCGGCGGAGCGCGGUGCACUGAAGCGCAGUGCGCCGGGGGCCGCCAGGCCCCGGGGGGAUCCCCUGCGCGAAGUCCUGGCCGGCCAUCCGUCCGUGGUGCUGGACGAUGGCCGGGCCCAGGCGGCCGUCAUGAACCCGGCUCUCAUCCGCAACCCGGUGUUGCUGCAGGCCAACAGCAUCCCGGCGGCCGCCGGGGCCCGGGCCCCACGGCCGCCCAUGCACCCCGCCGGUGGGAGCAUCCAUCAGCAGACGGCCGAGGCGCGUGCUCGCGCGGCUGGCAUUCUGGCCGACGCGCACCCGGACGAGGGGCUGAUGCAUGCCCUGCCGGCUCUGGACUUCAUCCCGGCGGACGACCAGCAUCCCGAGCAGGAGCCGGACACCCGCCGGCGGGAGGAUGACCAGGCGGCGCCGGGCUCGCCGGAGUACAAGCCGGCGGACCGGCUGCGUGCCUUCAUCCGGCGCUCCCUGGGGGGUCUGUUCAAUUGGGCCUGGUCGUCCGAGGUGUCGGACGAUGCCCCGGCCGAAGUGGCCCCCGAGCCCGGCCUGGACACGGUUGUCUUCCCCGUCCGGGCCUCGGUCUCGGAGCUGGUGGUCCCGGUGGCGGCCCGGCGCCCGGGUGCCGCCCAAGAAGAAGAGCAGUAUGCCGCUGGGGUGGCGGAGGAGCCGCGCCGGGGCCGGCCCGUCGCCCCGCCCGGAUCGGCCAGCGCCGGGCCGCGCGUCGCUCUGGGUCCCGGCAGCCCGGUCGUCCUGGCCACGGACACGGCCCCGGUGGUGAGGCUGAAUGCCGGCCUGCCGCGGGUGGUGGUCACCCGCCUGGCGGCGCGGGACACGGCCGACGCCGCGGCCGCGGCCAGGAUCCAGGACCCGGCUGGCCUGGAGCCCCGCGGCAAGAAGACCCUCCUGGUGCCGGUGACCACCGUGGUGCCGGUCAAGGUUCCCAAGCGCACUGUGGCCGUGAACCCCCUGCCGGCGGUCAUCCCGGCGGUGCCGGUGGCUCCGGUGGUGCCGGCAGCGGUGGUCAAUGCCCCGGCGGCCGGGAUCAUGCUGCCGUCCAUGCACCCGUACAUGGCGCCGGCCGUGGCCGGGGCGGCCUUCCCCCCGAUGCCCGGCGGCAUGAUGAUCAUGCCCCGGCGAGAUGUGGUGGCCGACAUGGAGGACCGCCGGCCGCGGGCAGCUCGAUCGGUCAUGGCCACAGCCGGCCACUAUCACCGCCGGCGUCUGGCCGCGCGUGCCGAGGCCGAGCCGAAGAAUGGCACCGACGCGGAGGCGGAGCACGAGCAGGAGGAGGACGCGACCCAGGACACCAGCAGCCCCAUCGAGAAGGUGGCCAAGAUGGUUGGGCAUGUGGCCAAGAAGGAGCCUCUGAAGCCGGCCCUCGCGGCGGCCGGGGUCAACAUCACCCUGGCCGACAUCCUGGAGCACACGCGUCUGGCUGGGCCGUCGAAGAAUGGCGAUGAAGGCGAUGACGAGGAGGACGAGGAGGCCGAGGAGGCCGAGGAGGACUCCGAGGACGAGGGUUCCGAAUCUGAAUCCGACUCGGACUCGGACUCGGAUUCGGACUCGGACUCGGACUCGGAUUCGGACUCGGAUUGCGGCUCGGAGUCUGCUAGCGACAGCGAUUCGGACUCGGACGCCGAGGGCGUGAGCGACGACGGUGCCGGGUCCGGCGGCGAGGAUGCCGGCAAUGCCUCCGAGGAGGAGGAGGCCGAGGGUGAGUUGGUUGAGAAGGACCUGGACAUUCGGCCCGCCGGCAGCGGCCCCGGCGACGGUGCCGCGGAGGAUGAUGCCACCGAGGACCAAUCGGCUGGGGAUGCCGAGGGGCGUGUGCGCCAGCGUCGUGCCCAUGUCCACGCCGAGCCUCUGGCCCAGGCAUACAGCUUUGUGCCUCGUGGCCGGUCGGCGACCAGCGAGAGGGCGCGACCUGUGGCCGCUGGUGACCGGCCGCGGCAGCGCCAGGGCGGCAGCGCCAGGGCGGCCACGGGCUCGACCCUGGAUCGGGUGUACACGGCGGCCUUCUCCAACAGCAACCGCCAGCCGGCCGAGCGCCGCGUCCGGAACCAGUACUACGCCGACCUGGAGGACGGGGCCAGCGACGGGGCCAGCGAGUUUGCCCUGCUGCAGUACUGGGCCUCCGGCGAGUAG